UUAUGGAAUCCCUUCCUGUUAAAAUACGCAUCACGUUCUGCAAAAUCGUGAUCUGUGAGUGAACGAACGAGCUUCGUGCUAUUUGAAGAAAUACCGAGCCACAGGCUUGAGCGUAUGAGAUUAUUCAUAUCAGAUUAGACGGUGGUAUAGAAGAAGAAGAGAAAGAGAGAGGGUGUAAUUCUGUCUAAGCCAUUGUCGACGUCAUAUGAUUAGAAAUUAUUUGCUGACUAAAGCACUUUUAUAAGGAAUUUCUAUUAUUUCUAGACUUAAAUAACUAUAGUAGAGCCUAUCUUGUAUCCUCUUCCAAUAUAACGUCCAUCAUGCUACUCGGAAACAACAACCCAUUUAGCACGCUGGUAGAACAGGAACAGCAGGCCCGUGAGAGGGAGCAGCAAGAGCAGCGAAGGCGAGAAGAAGAAGAGAGACAGUCUAUAAGUCAAGCCUUACAGAAUACCCCGAUGGAAAGCAGCAACAGUAGCCAAUCCAACACUUAUAUACCACCACCACCACUACCAAAUAGACCAAAAUCUCCCCCACAACCGCCCAGACCCGCAGAAUCGUCUACGGCGAGUUUCGAACAGCGAUAUGAAGAGGAAGAACCCCCACCAUAUGAAGAAGUCCUUAGCGAUAGAGUUCUCGAGCAGGGUCCACGUCGUCCAUUCACCACAGCACCACAGGUUCAGCCUCAGCAAAUUCCUCAGACGCCGAUACAUACCCGACCAAAUGGCUAUCCGAGCUCUGGUAUGCAACAGACGCAGAGCUAUUCAUACAACCCAAGUUACUCUCAUUAUCCGAACCGCAUGCCGGUCAGAGGUCCGCCAAUUAAUGGCAUCAUAAGCACAGGUAGACCACCUCCAGGUGCUGUUGUCUUCCAAGCAGGUGAUCCGAGAAUCGGUGGUACAUUCUGCUAUAAAUGCGAUGGCACGGGUAAAAGAACAGACUGGUUGUUUGGUAUAACUGAGAAUUGCUACAAAUGUGGCGGGAUUGGUAGGAGAUUCCAUUAGAUGAUCGAUGAAUAUAAAGCAAAAGAACUAUAUUACAAUGUCGAAUGUUCCAAGAUUUGUAUAAAAUGUAUCAUUAGUUAACAGUCAACUUCUCUUUCAAUGCUUUCCAAGUUGAGCCGCUGUCGUUGUACUUUUGUAUGU